AUAUUUAUUUUUAAGCAUUAGCAUAGAGUUGCCAAAUAACAUUGUGUAAAUACUAACUGUGCACAAAAUUAUAAAAGUAAGAGUUUAUUUUUUUUAAUAAUUGCUAGGAAUUAUUAUUAAAAACAACAUUAACACUUGACUAGCAUUUGUGUGGCUCAGGUAGCCGAACUUAACUCGAUGUUAGGGUAAAGUCGCCCACCCUCCUAAAUCGGUUAAGUGGGGUCCCCCGCUUCGCUAAAGUGGCAUACAACACAGGGGGUGUCGGGUCUCCCCAAUCCGGAGGGGAGCUUCAGCCUUGGACCGUGGGCGACGCCUGUUGGUAGGGGAAGGGAUUUCGAGUUUCAUUUUUCGACUCUACUUUCUAACGGAUGCCGUGUGUAGUGUGUACUGUGUAACAAAUUCGCGCCGCGAGCUCUAAACUUUCUAUGUGGUGAUGGAUUCUAAUGGCAAAGAAGAUAUGGAGUUGAUGUUAAAACGGAGUCUCUUAUCCAGAAGCAAAUUGGCCACAAUCACUAAGGAUUUGGAGGGAGUGACUCGGUACAUUUGUGUUGUGUGCAAUGUGCAGUAUGAUGACAAGGAGGAACUAGAAGUGCAUUUAUGUUCUCACUUUAAGGAAUAUAGAUUCCUGUGCAGUAUUUGUGGAACAGGAUUAAAAAGGCGUGAACAUUUAGAUAGGCAUAUGCAAGGGCAUAUGGAAGUGAGACCAUAUUCCUGUGAAGAGUGUGGCAAGGCCUUCAAAAGGAGAGAGCAUCUUAAUAUUCAUAAAUCUAUUCACAAAGGGGUUAAAACUCUUCAGUGUUCUCUAUGCAGUAAAUGUUUUUACCGCAAGGAUCAUCUACAGAAACACAUACAAACUCACAAUAAACACUUUAUGGAACAAAAUAUUAUACCAAUGAGUGACCAGGAACUUAGCAUUAAGGAGGAGAUUGAAGAUGAUUUUGAAGAUAUAACACCAAUUAUUACAAGUGUAUCUGGCAAUGUCACAGAUCCAGAUGCAUCAAUGGAGUCGGAAGAGUACGGAAGCGAUCAGCAGCAGUCUAUGGACGAGACUAGUAUGGAGCAUUCUGAGGAGCAUACGGUUACCUUGGACCACGCGAAGAACGCCAGACCAUUCGUGUGUAAUGUCUGUGGUAAAAGUUAUAAGAGGAAAGACCAUCUGAAAAUACAUAGUUGGGCACAUGCCAAGAAGGAGGUGAUCUGCAAGCUGUGUGGCAAAGAAUUCCACAUGGAGGAACAGAUGCUUGUUCACGUCAAUAUGGUGCAUCUGAAGAGUCAUGAAUCCGCCAGUCUGUCACAUUUGCAGACACUGCUUGGGAAUGAUAUCGAAGUUGAAAUACUGAACAAUGAACACCUCGUACCCCGAAAGAUGAAAGAAGAGCGAGCGCACGAGUGUCCUAUUUGUCACCGGAAGUUCAAGCGGAAACAGCAUCUCAAAGUGCACGCGAACGUCCAUCUUAAAAAGAAACGGACGUACUUUUGCAAUGUCUGCCAUGAGGGUUUCCAUGACGACGCCGACCAUGCGAAUCAUGUGUGUCCGGGUGUUGUUAAAAAUGAACCGGAAGAUGGGGAUGAUGAAUAUGAAGUAGAACAAAAUGGACACUCUUCGUAUGAACAGACGUCGCCCAAUGGAGACGCGAGGAAAGAAAAUUAUCCUCACGAUUUACUCGAGGUGGUAGUAGAAGAGGCAGUUAUACCUAGCCCACAGCGUGUGUUUGUGUGUAAAUACUGCGGAAAAGCUUUUCGACGCAAGGACCAUUACAAGAUACACCUACAUAUACAUACGGGACACAAAUCGUUCUUCUGUCCUACUUGUGAUAAAGGUUUUUACCGCAAGGAUCAUUUACAAAAGCACAUGAUAGUUCACGCGAAGAGCAAAUUGAAGUUGCCAACGAAGAGUCAAAAAAGUGCGCAAGAGUUGAGACCCCCUCCGCCAUUUGAUGGGCCCCUUAGACAGCAGCCGGGACCCAAGAAAAAGAUUCCCGAUCUCUUGCCCAUUGCAAUCAAGAAAGAAGAGACGAAAAAGAAAACAGAGAGGAAUGACUUCUUGCCAGAGAUAACGAUACAUGCACCGUCAUCAGCUAAAAUUCGCGUUCCCUUACAAAUAAAAGUUCCAUACCAAAUGGUGAUGUCUAUGGACAAUGGGGAACAACGGGCGGUGACGGUUGACCCCACACAUCCCCAUGAACCCGAAGAGGUAGACACAGAAGAGAACAUACUACCAGAUUAAAUGGAGAUAAACAAUUUUGUACCUAAUAUAAUUGGGAAAGCCUGAUUUUGUGGAUGAGAAUACCAUAUUAUUAUCAUUUUAAAACUAAAUCAGUGUUUAGGCGAGUAUGACACAUUAACACUUACGAAUUUAUUGAGUGAUCCAAUUUUCGAGCUGUUAUAAAUAUUGAUUUAACAAUGCUCUGUGAAAACUUUUUAAUAUUUUUAAAAUUGAUAAUUUUAAAAUUGAUAUUUUUUUUUUGCCGCCAUUAUGAAACGAACUUCACGGCGUCUCUUACGCUUAUUUUACAAUUCACUAACUAUGAAACGUGUGUACUAAACGUGUAUAACUAGAAAAGUGUGUGUACGUAACACACACUUUUCUCGUUUCGUUACGUUUUCGAAUCACAUAUACUUUUCAUUACAUUUUCUAUUUGGUGGAAUAUGGAGUAUUUAAUGGACUACGAAU